CAUCUAGCUGAGACGUCAUCCCUGGCAGUGUUCCUAGCUACCUAGUUUUCGGGCCAUCUUCAACAUCGCUGUCGCUUCUUGCAACUGUUCCCAAACCUCCCGUUUUCGCAGCUCUUUACCCCUACAUCACCGUGCUCCGCACAGAUACCCAUACCCCCGCCCACCAAGAUGACCCAGCUCGACAUUGCAACGAGAGCUCCCGAGAGCGAUGCCGCCGAGACCAUCACCGAGCCCGUGACCGAGAACACUUCUGCUGCUGACACGCCAGCCCAGUCAACCAGCCCUACUACGACUACGGGAGGCGCUGGCGAACACAGCGAACACUGCGUAUCGGAUCGACCAGCUCCGGCCGGCCAGUCCUCGACUGGCGAGAUCAUAAAGAUCAACGAUGUCGACUCAUACAUCUCGAAACCCGCCGACUAUCCUCAUGCACCAGCUAGACUCCUGCUCCUCUUGACGGGGGGCACAGGCCUGAAGUCAGUAAACAACCAGCUCCAGGCCGACAAAUUCGCCAGCGAGGGCUUCGUAGUGGUCAUGCCUGACCUCUUCAACGGCGACCCCGCACCCAACUCUUCUACGAUCGAGAGCAGCGAGGACAACAGCUCGUUCCUGGAUACCUUCAAGAUGAAAAUCGUCGAAACUGCGAAGAGCUUUCAGAUCGACAUGUGGCUGGCGCGACACACGGAGGAGAAGGUCCUGCCGAUCUUGUACAAGGUCAUCGAGGGUGCUAAAGAGAAGUUUGAUGACGCGGUGAAGAACGGCGACGGAAUCUACGCAGUCGGCUACUGCAUCGGAGGUCGCUACAUUCUGCACCUAGGCUCCGACAAGAAGGUUGCGACUGGAGGUCAGGAGCCUGCUGAUGCCGAAGCUGGCGAAGUUAAGACUGGUCCUUUCAUCAAGGUCGGCGCGAUAGCACAUGGCGCGUCUGUCAUUCCUGAUGACUUCACCGGCGUCAAAGUGCCCAUAUCCUUUGUCUGCGUCGAGAACGACCCCCUCUUCCCCGAGGAGGUCAGAACGCAUGGUGAGGAUGUCAUGUCCAAGGCGAACUUGGAGCACGAAGUCCAGGUCUACCCUGGCGUGCCGCACGGCUUCGCCGUUGUUGGCGAAUAUCAGGAUGCGUCUAUCAAGGAUGCUCAGAGCACCGCAUACGAGCAAAUGCUGAAAUGGAUCAAGGAGCACUAGAAUGAUGAUGAGAGAUGAUUUGCGUCUGUGCUUUUCUUAUAGCCUCUGCUUCUGGUAGACGGUCGAAAUUCGCGACCUACGAUUAUCAAGGAUCUCUGGACGAGCCUCGUUUAUAGUUCAAAUAGGUAUUGUAUCAAUUCUACGAAACUUCCCUCGUAUACCUGCUCCAAUAGUACUGGUGACAUUCAACACGCAGUCAUCUUUUCGCAGAUUCUCCCAGUUGUCACCCAUACUGAUUGCGUUGUCUAUUGUUGCGUAGAAUCUCGGUUUACAGAAGUGAAGAAUGCCAAGAACUACGAUGUUGUUGCUGUGCGAAUGUCUCGUUGCGCAAACCAUCACUUGCGCAGGAACAUCCACACUACCAGCUACCGACACGCAACAUAGCAAAAACACCAAAAUUCUUCCUCACCUCAAGAUCCAACUCAUAAAACGGGAAUGGAACUCCUUUCUUGUCUUACAAACCUCCACAAAUGAGCCAGGUCCGC